CUUGUGGACGUUUAUAACGAAUCCGCGAAUUUAGAGGAGAUUUCCACUUCCAUUGUCCUCCGUUUCAUAUUUGCAAAUCGCAAUUUCGCUGAAGGAUCGUCUUCCGGAGGUAGUUCAACACGGGGCUCGUACAAUUGAAGAGAAAUAAUCGGCAAAUCUCAUCUGGAAGGAGAUCUUUGGUGCCAUUUCCAUCCCUGGUUGUUUUUGAGCCACGACUGAAUCCGUUUUCUGGGUCUUGAACGCCAUGGUGGAAGAUCACAAGGCCCCUCUGUUACAAUCUCAAGCUGCUCAUCAUCUCGUCAAACGAACAGGGACGGUAUGGACGGCGGUGGCGCACAUAGUGACCGGGGUGAUAGGUUCAGGAGUGUUAUCGCUGGCUUGGAGCAUGUCGCAGCUUGGGUGGAUUGGGGGACCGGUGGCGAUGAUUCUAUUCGCUUCUGUCACUUUGCUCUCUUCUUUCCUUCUCUCCAACACAUACCGUUCUCCGGAUCCUGAAUAUGGCCCUCACAGGCAUCCGUCUUACCUUCUUGCUGUUAAUUUGCAUUUAGGACCAAAGAAAGGACGGUUAUGUGGUUUUCUUGUUCAAUUAAGCUUAUAUGGGUUUGGAGUGGCCUACGUUGUUACAUCAGCUAUAAGUAUAAGAGCAAUUUUAAAAUCAAACUGUUACCACAGUGACGGGCAUGGAGCUGCAUGUAUUUUUGGAGAUGCAUAUUACAUGCUGAUUUUUGGGAUUAUCCAAAUUGUUCUCUCACAGAUACCCAAUUUCCAUAACAUUGAGUGGUUAUCAGUUGUUGCUGCAGUUAUGUCAUUUACGUAUGCUUUCAUUGGAAUGGGUCUUGCCAUUGCUCAAAUCAUAGGAAAUGGAUUCAUAAAGGGUAGCGCAGGAGGUAUCAGUACCCACAGUAUGACUGAAAAAGUAUGGUUGGUUGCUCAAGCGCUUGGUGACAUAGCAUUUUCCUAUCCAUUCUCUGUAAUCCUUAUAGAAAUACAGGAUACUUUGAAGUCACCUCCGCCAGAAAAUCAAACCAUGAAGAAGGCCGCAACAGUAUCAGUAAUCGUCACAACAUUUUUCUACCUCUUUUGCGGAUGUUCUGGAUAUGCAGCCUUUGGUAGCGGCACUCCAGGAAACCUCCUAACAGGAUUUGGAUUUUAUGAGCCUUAUUGGCUUGUUGACUUAGCUAAUGCUUGUAUAGUGGUUCACCUCGUUGGCGCAUAUCAGGUGUACAGCCAGCCACUAUUUGCAACUGUUGAAGAUUGGUUCCGCUAUAAGUUCCCAGAAAGUGCAUUUGUGAACCAUACAUAUUCCUUGAAACUCCCAUGUCUGCCAGCUUUUGGGCUGAAUUUCCUGAGACUCUGUUUCCGUACUUGUUAUGUUAUAUCAACAACUGUUGUUGCGGUGAUCUUCCCCUACUUCAAUCAGAUUUUGGGAGUUUUGGGAGGUAUAAUAUUCUGGCCAUUAACCAUAUAUUUCCCAGUGGAAAUGUACCUGAGUCAGUAUGAUAUUGAAGCAUGGACAACUAAGUGGGUCUUGCUACGGAUUUUUAGCAUCGCUGGCUUUGUGGUGGGAUCAUUCACUCUUGUCGGUUCCAUCGAAGGAAUAAUAUCUGCAAAACUAGGCUAGGAGGCUCAAAGAUCUCUCCAAUGGUGUAGUGUUGUCACCCUUAUUUACAUUUGGUAGAUUACAUGUAGGAUUAUGCGUGUGAUAUCUGUGAGAUUUGAAGACUUAGGCAGCGUCAAUAAGGUCUUUGGUGUUGUAAAUGGUAGAGGACUUGUUUUUAUGUAGACUGUAAUUGCAGUUAUGUCCAUCAUGAAACCGCUUUGACGUUCAAGUCGCCAGGAUUGCAGCUUUAAGAUGAGUUAUUGCAGAAGCUCUUUACAUUGGUAUUUUGUCUUCAAUGCAAUCCCAAAAGAAGUGCUUCCGACUCACACCCCCGGAGGUAACUAACGGUAAUAAUGCUAAUUUUCCAAGCAUUACAGAAUCUGAUGUUUAGUGCUCUUAUGGAAGAUGACUUGCAGCAAAUCAAUGAUCAAUAUAUUCUUGAAAGUUAUAACUUUUAUUGGUAAUGGUAUGACUUAUGAAGAUGAGGACUUUUUGUAAA